AUGGCGCUGAAAAUCCUAAUCUCCAUGUUCUUCUUGAUCCCUUUUGCUGCAAUGCCUGUGAGUAAAGCCCAAGACUAUGACGAGGAAAAACCAGCCGCCCCACCUCCUGCGCAAGAUCACUGUAAUGGGAUUUUUUUAUCUUAUGUGUUUGUUUCUCGAGAAAGAGAAUAUCCCUUCUUAAAGAAUGUGAGCGCGCAAGCCUGGGCCUUCAGGUCCUUGGCAACAGUAUUGAAUGCAGGCACCACUGAACUUAAGGCAUGGAAGAUUUUCAUUGGAUUUCAACACCGAGAGAUCUUAGUUUCUGCCAGUGGCGCAGUCCUAGUAGACCAUGGUGAUCUCCCCGCUCAUGUAGGAAGAGGAGCUUACCUUGCUGGUUCACCUAAGACGGAUUUGAAAACGUCCAUUGACACUGCUGGAGAUUUUGCCCAAAUUCAGGUGAAAAUCGACUUGACUGGCACUCUUUUUGGGGUUAAGCCACCUCGGAUUCCAAUGCCUAAGACAAUACGGCUUGUAAAUGAUGGAUAUAGGUGCCCAGCACCACACAUUCCUCGCCAUUCGAGUACAAUGUAUACAUGUUGUGUGAUGGAUCCGAAAUUUAAGCUCAAAGUUCUAAAAACCAAGUAUUAUCCACGCCAAAGUGGUGAUCUUACCAUAUCCUACGACAUAAUGCAAGCGUAUGACAGUAACUAUCUUGCUCAAGUGACCAUGGAGAACAAUAACCCUUUGGGGCGUCUUGAUCAUUGGAACUUAACUUGGGAAUGGAUGAGAGGGGAGUUUAUAUAUACAAUGAGAGGAGCAUACACUUAUUUGAAAGACGGUUCCGGGUGCAUUUAUGGUGAUGCCGGAGAAUACUACAAAGACCUUGAUUUUUCUCAAGUCAUGAAUUGCCAAAAGAAUCCAGUCAUCGUUGACCUGCCUCCGGAUAGAGCUAAAGAUGAUAAAGUUGGGGACAUUCCAUACUGCUGCAGAAAUGGUAGUCUAUUGCCAACCAUCAUGAAUGUAACCAAAGCCAAGGCCAUAUUUCAAGUGCAGGUCUAUAAGCUUCCACCGGAUUUGAAUAAAACAGCUCUUUAUCCUCCUGAAAAAUGGAAAAUUGUGGGCAUACUUAAUCCGAACUAUAAAUGUGGAACACCAUUAAGGGUGGACUCAACAGAAUUUCCUGACCCUAGUGGGCUGCAGGCCAUCAGCAUUGCUGUCGCAAGCUGGCAAGUAGUAUGCAACAUCACUAGGCCAAAGAACAGAGAGACUAGGUGCUGUGUUUCAUUCUCUGCCUACUAUAAUGACUCUGUUAUACCUUGCAACACAUGCGCUUGUGGUUGUGGUGACUUCAAAAAGUGCAAUCGGUUUGCUCCACCUUUGCUUCUCCCGCCAGAAUCUCUUCUUGUGCCCUUUGAAAACAGAACACUCAAGGCUAUAAAUUGGGCGAAAAUAAAACAUUUUCAUGUGCCUAAUCCAUUACCUUGUGGUGACAAUUGUGGGGUUAGCAUAAACUGGCAUGUCAACUCUAACUAUGGGAAUGGAUGGACUGCAAGAAUUACUAUAUUCAACUGGGAGGAGAUCAAUUUCGAGGACUGGUUUCUUGCAAUUCAAUUGAAGAAGAAACUGUCGCGUGGUUAUGAAAAAGUUUACUCCUUUAAUGGAACAUUGCUUCAAAACCUCAACUACACCAUAUUCUUCCAAGGCUUGCCCGGUAUGACUUUUUUGACAGCUGAGGAAAAUGGAACAAACCCAAGUGAUCCCAAGGUACCUGGUAAACAACAAUCUAUCAUUUCAUUCACCAAGAAAUAUAACCCUGGCAUCACUAUAACCAAAGGAGAUGGAUUUCCUUCGAGGGUGUAUUUCAAUGGAGAAGAGUGCGUUCUUCCUACGCGGUUUCCUACACGAAAUGGUGGAAAUCAAUGCAAUGUAAAUCAAGUAGUAGUAGUUUUUUCCACAUUAGUGACCAUUUUUCUGAUGACAAAUCAUCUGCACUGA